AUGUACGACUACGACCAGAGCACCGCCUUCCUGGGCGAGUGGGGCCCCUUCCAGCGCCUCAUCUUCUUCCUGCUCAGCGCCAGCAUCAUCCCCAACGGCUUCAACGGGCUCUCGGCCGUCUUCCUCAUCGACACCCCCGAGCACCGGUGCCGGGUGCCGGCCAGCGCCAACCUGAGCCGCGAGUGGCUCAACGCCAGCAUCCCGCUGGAGGAGCGCGGCAGGCGGCAGGUCCCGUCGCGCUGCCGCCGCUACAGCCUGGAGGCCCUGGCCAACUUCUCCGCCCGCAACCUGGUGCCCGGGCGGGACGUCAACCUCAGCCAGGUGGAGCAGGAGAAGUGCCUGGACGGCUGGGAGUACAGCCGAGAGCCCUACCUCUCCACCAUCGUCAGCGAGGUAGGGAGGCAAGGAGGGGCGGCUGCUGGCGAGGUGGCCUCUUCUGGACGGGGCAUGGAGAGGAGAGCGCGUGGCUGGGACUUGAGCGGCGCUCGAUCAGCCCUGAAGUUCACGGGGUGACCUUGGGCCAAUGGCCGGAUCACCCCGUGAACUUUCCUAGCCCCACCUCGCAGGGUCGCUUUAGAAACCUUGGACGCCUCUCGGGGCUCCUCAGAGAAAGGGAUCGGAGGGCAGAAACCCAAGAGACCUAAGGAGAGCGAUGCUUUCAGAAGCCUCAGUUCGUUGUGUCAUUCCAUGCCUGCUCUGUUACCAACUUGACAUGUCUUUGGCAUUUUCCCUGCUGUGGUCGUUUCUUUAAAAAAUUAACCUGCCAGGCACUUCUUGGUGCACUUGCAAGAUCUCUCUUCUUCUUCUAAAACUCAGGUAUCCAUCAAAUUCCGAGAUCGCCCUGGCCCAUGCGUGAUGGGGGGGUGCCCUUUCUUCAGCUCCCCUCUCUCUUCUCUAGGUCACCUCCCUUUUUAAAGUGAGCAAAUAAGUCCAAACUUGCUAUCUAUUCCUAUGGUGCCAAACAUGACCAGUGGCUCCUUAGCUUCUCAUGUUCGUGACAGAUACUUCUUGGUUUUUACCCCGGGAAUGCAGGAGGAAGGAGGAAUAGCCUGAGUGACUUCUGCCACACAGGAAACAGAAUGAGAAGUUGGUAAUGCCCAGGCUUGUUGUUAAAGAAAGCUUUAACACAAUAACAUAAACAGAGUCCUUCUGGGCCAGGCCAAAAGCCCAUCUAUUUCGGUCUUCUGUUCUUACAUUGGCCAACUAGAUGCACUUCUGGGAAGCCUACAGGCAGGACAAGAGCACAACAGCACUCCCCUCAGUUUCCUUUUCAUUCCUAUGUUGACUCUCCCUGCCAUAGAGUCCUGUGACUUUUAUGGAGAAGUAACUUUUAGAGGAAGAAAAGAAAACCAUCAGAACAAAAUUGGAAUAAUGGCAAUAUUAUAUCCCAGUAAACACAUUAUUCUUCGUUGACAGUGAUUCUAACUGGCUUACUUUAAAGUUACUUUAAAGUAAGCUAGAACAUAUAUUUGCAUGUAGAAUGCUUUCUUCUCUCUCUCUCUCUCUCUCCCCCUGGCAAACAGAAAUGAGGGCAAUUUGAAUUACUCCAGUCAAGAUUUUGUAAUUGUUGUCUAGUAGCUUGUCGCACAGUGUGCGCAGCUGGAGCUGCUGACAAAUUGCUACAGAUUUAUGGCAGAAGAACUUAAUAGUAGUAUGAUUUAUGAAGCCACAUAACAAAGGUCACUGUUCCAAACAUUCCCUGGCAUGUGAUGAGAAUUGAAAGGCCAUUCAUUUUAGGGUUCAUUUGGGUGCUGCAGUUGGGUUUAGAGUUAUUAGUAGAUUAUGAGGGGUUGGACUAUGACCCUCUUGGCCCCUACCAACUUUACCAUUCUGUGAUUUUACCUACCUACUCAUUUAUUUGUAUAUCCAAGAAAAGCAUGGAAAAUAUAGUGCAGUAUUGUCCAAUAACAAUGAACACGUCCACACGUACAAUUGUUCUAUUACUUGCUAAAUUACUGCAGGCAAUAGCUUCCUUCAGUACAAUACAGAGAAAAUUUGCAUGCUCCAUUACUUCUUUUUGGAAAAUUGCAGAAGGAGCAGAGACAGUGGAACUGGCAUGUUACUUUCCCAUACUUAGAAACAUGGGAAGCUGCCUUAUAACAAGUUAAACCAUUGGUCCAUCUAGCUUCCUGUGGUUAAUACUCACUGGCAGGCUUGCAGCAGCUCUGUUGGAUUUCAGACUGGGGAGAUUUGCAGCUCUAUCUGGAGAUGCUGGGGAUUAAAUCUGGAACCUUCUACAUGCAAAGCAGUUGCUCUACUACUGAGCUACAUCCUGUGCAUUUCAUAUAUCUAUCUUGUUUUUAUUCUUAAGAAAAUAUUUAGCUCUUUAAUUAUAUAAUAGUUGUAGUCAACCUUAAAUUAUAAUUGUAGUUAACCUUUAAAUGGGUUGAAAUGGUUAAAAGAAAAUUGAGGAACAUGCUUUUCCCAUAGCUUUGAAGUAGUUUAAGUUCUUAUGUGCUUUGGGUUUAAUUAUCUCAGAUUAAAACAAAUGUGUUCUGGCACAUCACUCUUAUGCCUAUUUACUUGAAAGUAAGCAUCACUAGUUACAGUGGAACUUACCUCAAAGUAUUAUGUUAAAGUUGGAUAGCAUUAUAAGUUUCUGUAAACAAACUUUUCCAUGUGUAGAUGUGUAGCAUUUUCUGAGUCAGUACUUUUACAUACAUAGUAACUUAGUAAAAUAUUUUACUAACAUAUGCCGAAAGUUUGCAUAGUCCAUAGCACUGCUUGAGAGUAUCAGAUCUACACAGUCUAGAAACUGCUCUUGAUUGACCCUGUAUGCAAAACUUGUUUUGCACAAUCACAGGAGUUGGAAUGGACCAAAGGUCUGUUUCGUUCAAAACCCUGCUUCAAGGCAAAAUUGUUCCCUCUUCCUCCCACCUCCAUCCUACCUACGUAAUUCUGACUGCAGUGUCCACAACCAGGGAACAAGUGCUCUUCAGGAAGGAGAAAUAUGUUUCAGUUCAGACCGUUAAUACUAGCCUUAGCUGAUAGAGGUUCAGGGCCCAUGGGCGUAGCUGGGGGGGGUAGGGGGCAACCCCCACAAUCAAAUAAACCAAUGCAAAUAUUUAACUACUUAACAAACUGAGGUUCUGCCUCCCCUAACAUAAAUCCUGACUAUUCCCAUGUCAGGUCCCCUUGUUUGGUGGUGACUACUAGUCAUUACAGGGACGCGGGUGGCACUGUGGGUUAAACCACAGAGCCUAGGACUUGCUGAUCAGAAGGUCGGUAGUUCGAAUCCCCGCGACGGGGUGAGCUCCCGUUGCUCGGUCCCUGCUCCUGCCAACCUAGCAGUUCGAAAGCACGUCAAAGUGCAAGUAGAUAAAUAGGUACAGCUCCGGCGGGAAGGUAAACGGUGUUUCAGUGUGCUGCUCUGGUUCGCCAGAAGCGGCUAAGUCAUGCUGGCCACAUGACCCAGAAGCUGUACGCCGGCUCCCUCGGCCAAUAAAGUGAGAUGAGCGCCGCAACCCCAGAGUCGGUCACGACUGGACCUAAUGGUCAGGGGUCCCUUUACCUUUACCUUACUAGUCAUUACAAAGUGCAAAUAGAUAAAUAGGUGCCUCUCCCAUGGGAAGGUAAACGGCGUUUCCGUGCGCUGCUCUGGUUUUGCCAGAAGCCGUUUAGUCAUGCUGGCCACAUGACCUGGAAGCUGUCUGCGGACAAAGGCCAGCUCUCUCGGCCUAUAGAGCGAGAUGAGUGCCGCAACCCCAAAGUCGUCCGCUACUGGACCUAACGGUCAGGGGUACCUUUACCUUUACUAGUCAUUACUGUAUGGCUAUCCUCUGCCUCCAUAGAGGCAGUAAUGCUUAUGAAUGCCAGGUGCUGGAUACCCCAGAAGGGAGAGUGUCCUUGUGCUCAAAUCCAGCUUGCGGGUUUCCCACAGGCAUCUGGUUCAGCAAUGUGAGAACAGGAUGUUGAACUGACUGAGCAGCUCUUCUGAGAGGGAAGAGCAGUGGAUCAGUGCUGAUGCAGCUGAUGCCACCACUGACCAGCCAAUCACCACCUCCAUCCCAGCCCCUAUGAUUCUAGGGGUGCUGCUGUCAUAUUGCUGUUGCAGCAUAGUGGCAGAAACACUCCUAAAGCGUUUCAUGUGCCUCAGUCUGAAGAAGGGUCCUUUCUAAGAGUGAACCAUUGUGGACAAAGUGGCUUGGAGAGCACGUGUUUGCAGUUCCACAGUUUACUACUGGGAAACAUCAAACUGUAUUUGUGACUGCAAAGUGACAUCAGUCCAGGCACUUUGUGGGACUACCUUGCUCAUGGAGGAAGGAACCCAUGUUCCUUAGAGCAAGACAUGGGUGAGAUUGGCCCAGAGGGCCUUUAGCAGCAUCCACACAGCAACAGGAAGAGCAUAUUGUGGCAGUGGCUGCAGAAGAGCAUGGAGACAGGUUGAUGUCAGCUGGUCUGUCUUGUUUAAAGAUGCAUAACGUCUUGCAUACUGUUAAAUUCAGGUUACACAAUUAAAAGUAGAUCUGAUACUCGUGCACAACAAACCAGCUUUUAUUCAGGGGGCUGGACCUGGACUUUAUUCAGUAAGGAAAGCGAUAGGAAACUGCACUGGAUAUUGUAGGACAACAGCUGCUUGGCACAGCGUCCAGGCAAACAAAUUGGGUUGUAUGCUCAAUAAACAGACAACAUCAUAAUGAACUUUCCACAAACUUUAUUGAACAUUAGGUCAUCUGAAAACAACCUUUGUAUUCAGAAAGGAUCACAUACUCAAAAAGCUUGAAAAUUUCAGUCUUCCAUGUCCCCUGGUACUAGCAAAUGUAUGCAGUGCUCAAACUGAACCCAGUAAGACCUCAAAUUCCAUGGCUAGAAUCUGGCUCAGAAGUUAUUAUGUUUGCUAGCUAAUCCUUCUUGCAAUUCACUGUAGGAGACCAUGUCAGUGCAAGAGCCAAGGAGGCAGUUCAUACUAGGGAUAAUUCAGUGCGAUGAAAUACAAACCAGGCAAAGGCUAUUUGACUAUUCACUUACUAGAAUAAUUCAAAGCUUUGGGGGGUUUAUAUUUAAAAAAACCUCUUAACCAGGUAUGCAGCGUUCAUAUUUUUAUAUUAUUUUUGUUAUUUUCUUAAUAAUUCCAGCAUUAUAUUUGCUAUGCUUCCACGAUCUGUGGCCUUUUUCAGAUCCAGGGCCCCACUGUUAACUGCAAUCUGCAACAUGAAGCCCACAUUUACCUUUUUAAAAAUAUACAUGGCCACCUUCCUGCUUUUCUUUCUGAGGGUAUGAAGUGCGCUGUAUGCUUGUCCCAUAUAGUUCAUAAUAUUGUGGGUGACAGAUGAAUGGGUUGCGUGUCCAGGGAAGAAUGAAUACCAUCUUACAAGAAGGAGUAGCAUCAGAGCCUCAAAAGAUACUGUAAGACUACUCAUGAAGAAACCUUCUUAGGAUCUGGAUUUUAGGAUUUUAACGCCUAUUGGCUUGUCACAUGUGAAAUGCUCUUCCCAGGGACUCUUACGCUCCUUUGUAUCUGGCCACCUAGAGUGACUUUAAGAAAUGUUUUAGUAAUAUUUACAGGGCUUGUGGUAAAAUAUAAAUAGUACAAUUCAAUCCAAUAAUCCCUCUUGUAUGUCCAUUCAAGACGGAAGAUUCCGAAAUUACAUACGUACACACAGACAUUAAUGCAAUAUUGGGAGGGGUUUUUUGCCCCACUUUCACGACCUGAAAUCUACAAAGGUGAGUUAGGCAAAAUAUGUAUAUGCCCAGCACUAAUUUAAGGAAUUUAGCCUUCCCUUAUCAGAAUACUUCUAGAGUUCAGUCCUAAACACAUUUACUAAGCCCCAUUGAACACAGUGGGACUUACCUUCGAAUAAAUAUUCGUGGGAUUAUGCUGUUGCACUGUGUAGUCUCCUAUAUUACAUUCCUUUAGUAAUGUUUUAGAAAUAUGAACUCUGCUUGUCUCAUAAAUAAGUGAGACAAGCAGAUAUAAAUAUUUUACAGUUUGCCAUAUUCCAUAGGAUCUUAGUUUGGACCCUGGAGUUUCAUCAAAUAGGACAAAGUCUAAUAUGAAUGGCACACAAUCUUAUGUAAUUAGUACAAAGGGACUGGGGAAAUGGUGCAUUAUAUGCCCAUGCACUGAGUUCAGCAUAGUGUAUAAAGAUAACAUAAAAGCAUCUAGGAAACACAGUUCCCUUUAACCUACUUACAUUUCUUCUUUCCUGUAAAGCCAUGCCCCACCCUACAUACAAGUCUCUACCCAUAAGUAAUAUAUGCUCUUUGCCCUAGUUUUCAGAACUUCCAUAUACCUACUCCUAUCCUUGCCUCAAAUGACACUUAUAAAAGAAACAAAAAAAUUGUAUAGCUAGGUAAAAGCGCAGUUGGCAAUUCAUAGCCAAAGAUGUGGAGCAACUGAACACUUUAUAAAGGUGUUGUGUUUAUGUUGACUGGAGCAGUUGCAUAAAUGGCCUUUCACCUACUUUCCCACUUUCAAUUUUAAAUGUGCUUAACUCUCUAAUCUGUUGGCUCAGUCCUAUCUUGCCUUACCUUGCCAUUUAGUCAAGGUGACCUUUGCCUGAGAUUCAGCCUUACAAUAAAUUUUUCGAAGGGGUGGGGAGUGUUCACAUUUGAUGAAGAAUGAGUCCCAUUAUCUGCAUCCAUCAAAGCCCUCUGUGCUCUGCUGUGUUUAAAGGUCACUGAGGAUACCAGCAUUGGAUUUCUAUGACAGGAAAGGAACCCUCCCUGUGUCAGAUCUUAGUCCUUAUAUGUGCCAAAGUUACACACGUGGAAAGUUCAGAUCUCAUGAUAAGCCAGGCCUUCAUGGUUCCCUUCCCCUUUCCUCUUCCUGUGUAACCAUAAAGAAGAGCUCAGGACUUUGGCUUCCAUUUUUGAUUGAACACAGUUUAGUGUUUCAUCUGAACCAUAAAUGCUUGUUAAUUUUAACUAUGUUUUGUUGAAACAAGCCUGCUUCAUAAGCAACAGUUUGAAGUUGACCUGUUUAUUUUAUUUUAUUUUAUUUUAAAAAAGGUUUUCUAAAAAAUAGUAAAGGUCUUUCUUAAAAAGGAAAGGAGGAAAUCUGCUGUAUUUCUGUUAUAGCAUUUCCUAAUGUCCAAAUGUUCUAUAAAGUGAGACUGCUAUCCUGUGGACAGUUACAUUGGAGUAAUUAUAGUUGAAUUCAGUGUGACCUAUUUCUCUUAGUAAGUAAAGAUGCAUAGGAUAAGGAUCCCAACCCAGUUCUUGAUGGUUGGUUGUCCUGCUGCUGGGUUAACACCAGGCUAUUAUGUCUUUCUCCCUCCUGAUCUAACACAUGCACAGGCUACAAAGAAUCUCCACUUCUGUCAUGCAUCCUGUACAUAAUUUGGUAUAUCUGAGACCAUUGGAAUCAGUGGGUUUAGGCAUGCCUAAUUCUGAUUGGGAUCAGACUGUAAAAGUGUCUGCCACAGUCACAGAAAGUGUCAUUUGGACCCAGGGGAUUCAGGCUCACCAGGCUGAAAAAAAUACUCUUUGUUGAAGGUUUCCACUGAGUAAUGUACUGUUUCCCCAGGAACUUGCUUUCUCACCUUCUUUUUCAGUGGCUUUAAACAGCCAAAAUAGCACAUGAUAAACGUUGGUAAGAGUGGGUCACAUUUUACAAUGCAAUAUUUCCUCCACACAGAUGUAAAAAUCUAAUAACCUGGUAGUUCGAUAGUGACUACUACCGUACGUAUGACUGAGUGCUGUACAGUGGUACCUCAGGUUACAUACGCUUCAGGUUACAUACGCUUCAGGUUACAGACUCCGCUAAUCCAGAAAUAGUGCUUCAGGUUAAGAACUUUGCUUCAGGAUGAGAACAGAAAUCGUGCUCCGGCGGCGCGGCAGCAGCAGGAGGCCCCAUUAGCUAAAGUGGUGCUUCAGGUUAAGAACAGUUUCAGGUUAAGUACGGACCUCAGGAACGAAUUAAGUACUUAACCUGAGGUACCACUGUAUUCACCUUGCGAAUAUCCACAGUGAAUGUUGGCAGUGACCAUUUUGACGAUUGACCCUAGUUACUUACCUGUACCUAGGACUGUCAGUAAACAGAUUUUCAAAUUGGGUGUGUGUGUAGAAACACGUUAUGAUAGCAGGGUGAAAUAAAAAUGAAUAUAUCAACAGCAUGAUCCUAAGGUUAUUUACUCAGAAAUGAAUUCCACUGAGUUUAGUGAGACUUCCUUGGUUGAAAGCUCAGAUUUGAAAACAUUUCCUAUUAGGUUUAGAAUGAAAUCAUUUGUACGUCCCUGAAAAUAGACAUCACAUACUUCAGUGAUGAUAUUCAAGAUAACUGUGUUUAUGUCAUCAGGGUGGAAUUGAAUAUUCGGAGGCCAUUCUUGAUACUAUGUUUAUAAGAGCUGCACUAUGGAAACGUUUGUUAAUAUCAAGGCCACAUUCUGCUAUGCCGGGCCUGCAAGUUUUGUAACCUGAGAAAUAGGUCUCCUUCAGGAGAUGCCCUACACAUCAGACCAGUGCUGUGCCACAACGCUUCUGUAACUUUCCAGUCCAAGGCAGAAGUGAUGCAGCCCAUUCUGUUAAUUUAUAGAAUGAGAAAUUUAUGACCAUAGCCCCUGUGGAAAACCUGUUUGUGUAAUGCAAUCCGUGGAGUUGCAAGAUGCCCAUAGUUAAUACACCCAAUAGCUUGGCUACUGUGGUCUUGGCACUGGUGACCCCAAGACUGGAGUGCUGCAUUGUGCUCUGUGUGGGGCUUCCCUUGGGUUUAACCUGGAAGCUGCAGCUAGGUUGUUGACUGGGGACAACAUCAUCUAACCCUUAAUAACCUGGGACAAGUUCACCUACAAGAUUGCCUUACCCCAUAUGUGCCCACUUGACCACUUCGAUUAGCGGAAUUGGCACUACUACAGGUGCCGCAUAAUAACCAUUCUGCAUUUGUAAGAACUCAAUUAUUUAGUCUGACAGCAUCUACACUUUGGAACUCCCUGCCUAUUGAUCUCAAGCAUGUGUGACUUCACUGUAUUCUUGUUUAGGCAAGCCUACACAGAUGCUUAGAAAUGCUUGCGUGAAUUUUAAUCUGUUUUCAUAUUUUAACUUUUUGUAUGUUUUAAUAUAUUGUACAUUUUUCUUGAUUUUAUUGUUUUGUAAACUGCCUUGAGGGUGUGUUGUUGUUGUUGUUUUUAACAAUCAAGCAGCAUACAAAUUUUGUGAAAUAAAUAAAUAAAAUAGAUAAAACACCCCUGUUGAGGGAAUUGCUCUGGCUGCCGUUAUGCCACCGGAUGUAGUUCAGUAUUUUGUUUUUAGCAUUUAAAGUCCUAAACAACUUGGGACCAGGUUACCUAAGUAACCACCUCACUCUAUAUAUCCCUUUCUGGCAAGUGUGCCCCUUAGAUGGGGCACUGCUAAGAGUACUGCAUGCCCAGGAGCUGUGCUUGUUCUAGAAAGAGGUGUUUUAGUGUUGCAGCUUCAGCCCCCUGGAAUCAAUUACCAGCCAAUAUUUUACUGGCACUCAGUGUCAUGAAGUUUAGGCACCUACUAAAUGCAUUUUUGUUUAAGAAGGCUUUACCUGAGGUGUGAGCCAAAUAUUUCUUAAAUGUAAAUUGUACACUUGUAUUAAUGGUUUUGCUGUUUUUCGAGUUUGUAGCCCUGUUUAGGGAAAUUUUUAAUGUUUGAUUCUAUUUUUAAUACUCUGUUGGGAGCCGCCCAGAGUGGCUGGGGAAACCCAGCCAAAUGGGCAGGGUAUAAAUAUUAUAUUAUUAUUAUUAUUAUUAUUAUUAUUAUUAUUAUUAUUACUACUAUUAUUAUUAUUUAAUUGAUUUUAGAAUUUGUAUUGUUGUGUUUUGUUUUAUCUCAUUGAACCCCACUUUGAUGGCCUUCCACUAUCCCACAUUGUCAGUAUACGUUAUGAAAUUUGUCUUUCAUCUUAAGUGGAGUGCCCUGAGAUACGUAAUUAAGUGGCCACCACAUGCUGAAUGACUUUCUGUGUCACACCUUGCAGAUAAAGCAUUAUCAUCAUGCGCAAUGCAGACCCUUCUAAUCCUCUCUGACAAUGUUUUAUGCACUAUCUGGCCUGAUAUACCAAGUAGCAGCUCUUGUGACUGUUAGGAUUUGACAUGCCUUUGGCAACUUUGAGUGGAUUUCAUCAUCUGAAUUAUCUCGGUGGCAGGGAAUAGACUAGUAUGUGAAGGUCAGGAAAAAGUAGUCAGGUAUAUAUUUUUCUGCUGCUAAUGAUGUUACAUGCUCUGCAUGAGAAAUGGCAUUACAUUUAGCAUUAUGUGAGACCUGCAGCCUAGCUCUGUGAACUUCAGUAACCUUGCCUAAAAGGUAUCGGAGAAUGAAAAUAGCUCUUGCCUGAGUUGAUUUGCUAUAUUCAGUUCUGAAUCUGUCCCAAGUAAUGCUACUAGGCUACACUGCAAUUCUAACUGCUGUUGAGCUAAAUACAUGCUAAGCUUACACGGAAACAGCACAGUCUCACCUGUGCAAACACAACUUUAGGUAGCAUUUAAUGCUGAUUCCCCUCCAGUUUCAGGGCAGAUGUCUCACUGAUGCAGAUUAGAAGGUCUUUGCACGUGGCAAAGUCAAUAUAGAUAAGGCGUAAAAAAGCAAUUUGAAGCUGUAACAAAAGUAUGUUCUGUGGGCUACAAUUCAAGAAGCAUUUCUGUGUGCCUCGGGAAAAAUCCAGCGUUCAUUUUCUACCAGAGAAUUGCAACUUGGUGAGCAGGGGGUGAAAACUCAACCAUAAUUUGCACCCCCUAAAGUGGAGGUAUAUAUUCUGUGGCUCUCCAGAUAUUGUUGGGCUCCAGCUUCCUUCAUCUCUGACCAUUGACCAUACUGCCUAGGAGGGCUGCAGGGGGUCACCCUUGCCCUGAAGUGUUAAGCAUUGGUCUCAGACUCUGAUGUUCUGACAGUCUGUUUUCAACUGUUCUUAGGAAAAUGUGCACAUUACUAAAAAAAAACAAAAAACAUACUCACUGGCUUGGAUCCUAACAGCCCUUACAUGAAUAUAACAGAGUUUUUGUUCACAGAACAGGGCUUUCACACUUUUCACCUUCCCUCUGUAUCCCCUGAAAAUCUGCUCUUGGGGAUUGGGGAAACCCUUGAAAAUAAUGUGUGAUACGGUGGUGCAGUGCGAGGCAGUAGUUGGCGGCAAUUGACCUCCCCCUUUCAUGAAUGGAGGAACAACCUGGGAUCCAAGUCAUUGCGCUUGCUUGUGUAUCUAGAAAUAUAUUGUCAACAAUGCAACCUUCAAAUUUAAACAAAAAAUUCCUUUAAAUUCCACUCAUUUUUAUCUGAAUCACCCUAUGCUAAGAAUUCAGCUCUGUAGUUCAGCAUCUGUAGAGCCUUGUUCUUUGAUGGUUUAACCUAAGGCAUGGGUAGGCAACCUAAGGCCUGGGAGCCGGAGCUGGCCCAAUUGCUUUCUAAAUCCGGCCCAGGGACGGUCCGGGAAGCAGCAUGUUUUUACAUGAGUAGAAUGUGUCUUUUUAUUUAAAAUGCAUCUCUGGGUUAUUUGGGGGGCAUAAGACUUCGUUCUUUUUUCCCUUUCCCCCCCAAAAUAUAAUCUGGCCCCCCUCAAGGUCUGAGGGACAGUGGACCUGGCCCCCUGCUGAAAAAGUUUGCUGACCCCUGACCUAAGGCCUCAACAGAUAGACCAAACAGGCAUUUGGUGUAAGAGAUUUUAGAUCAAAGCAUUGAAUUCUGAUUUACACACAAAGGUACUUCUUAAAUUUAAAAAGUCCAUUCUAGUAGUAAUCUGGUAGGUUACUAUUUGGUUAUUGUAGAAAAUGGGCCAUAUACAUUACAUGCAUGCCAAAAAUAUUGAAACUCUCUCUCUCUUACAGUGGGAUCUUGUGUGUGAAAACGACUGGAAAGCACCUCUAACUACCUCUUUGUUCUUUGUGGGCGUACUGAUUGGCUCCUUUGUAUCUGGACAACUCUCAGACAGGUAAAGUGUAUAUAUUAAUGGUUUUGUGUGUUUUUUUAGACACAACUCUUUAAAAAUCAGUCAGAGCUAAGUUUCUGCAUUGCAUGGAUUUAUUUUUCAACUGUAGUGAAUUAGCUGAUUUCUAAAUAGGUAACACCAAAAUGCCUGGUUCUUCUUGAUUGCACGAUCUGUGAUGGACUUUGAGAGCACAACAUGCUUCCCAUAACUUUUUUUCUUUUAGUUAAGCAUGAGGUAUUUCAUCAAAUUUUGUAUUUACAGUAGUAUCUCAAACAAUAAUUUGAGUGAUGCCAUCUUUCCACCCUUGAGCAAUUUUAAAUAAUCAACAUAGCCAUCAAUUUAAGCUGCCAGCACAACAGAAACUAAUAUAUUUGAUAUUUUCCUUUAUCGUUCAGAUAUGCUUAUCACAACUAUGAAUGAUGCCAUUUUGACAUUAUGAAAUAAGUAAAACAAAAUUUCAUUGUGAUGUGUUUUAUGGCCAAGCUUUGGCUUAACUUACCUGCUUAGAUAUCUCUGUGUAUGUAUGUAAUGCAGUAGCUCUGAUGAAAAUGAAACUGGAUGUUAUGUACUGAACAUAUUUAGGAUACAAUUGUACUUUUCAUGCCUGAACCUCAGCUUAAAUUCUGCACUUUUUUUUCAAGGGGUCAGGCAGGACAUAAAACACAGUGUAAAGUGAUAUUGCCCUUACAUUGAAAUGUAAUAAUGCAACUUAGUACUGUAUCUGCAUAGACAACACAAUUUUCUGCUUGGAGUACAUACAGCGCAACUGUCGCUCCCAUUUUUCAUCUCAAUCCAGUUCACUCUCACAACCUGUUAAAAAUCACUUGAUAACAAGAUACAUCAUAAAAGAACUACUCAAGAACAGCAACAAUGUAAAAACAUCAUAUCCUUAUUCUGUUUGAGUUGUCCAUUGUAUUUAAAAAGCAGGGCAAAUUUGGCUAAAAAUAAAAUGUUUCCCUUUGGAGAUAAAUGUUUACUGAAAAUGUAAGAAUUUUUCCAUAACCUUUAAAGUAGUAAUUUGAAACACCUGCAUAUGUUUAAAUAAUCACAGAAAACACAUCAAAAUAGCCAUGCUUUGUUUAAAAAUAAAAGCAAGAAGUCAUAAUUCAUAUCACACCUGAAAUGCAAAGUAAACAUUGAAUACAUUGGGCAGAUGACAAUUAUUGGAUUUUUACUCUAGUGCCAACCUACCUUACAAGUGGCUUUUUUUAUCAUGGCACAAGCCACAGUGUUUCUCAAACUUGGGUCCCCAGUACAGCAGUUUAAAGUAAUGGGAACAAAAGUUUGAAUCCAGAGAAACUUCCUCUGCUUCCAACCCAAAUAAAUGUUUUGGUUCUCUUUAAGAAUAUAAGAAGAACCAUGAUGGAUCAGGCCAAAGGCCAACCUAGUCUAGCAAUCUCUUCUAACAGUGGUCAACCUGGUGUCUAUGUGUAGCCCACUGAGUGGACCUGAGUACAACAUCAUUCUCCCCACUCCCAGUAACUGGUAUUCAAGGGCAUACUAUCUCUAGUAGGGGAAAGGGUCCCCAUCAACCUACUGUUCCCAUCAACCCCAGCUAAUGUGGCCAGUAGUCAAAGAUUAUGGGACUUGCAGUCCAGCAACAUCUGGAAGGCACCAGAUUGGGUACCCCUGAUGCAGAGAGAAAACAUGGCUGAGGGAGAUGUGAUCAAGAGGACCCCCAUGAAAGUUAAUAAAUAUUAAUCCCCACAAAUAUACACCCCAGACCCUAGAUUUCUACUAUUUUAAUGUUUCAUAAACUAACAUGAUUUUUAUUUAUCUUUGUCCCAUGAUAGGUUUGGAAGGAAAAAUGUGCUGUUUGUCACAAUGGGAGUCCAGACUGGCUUUAGCUUCCUCCAGAUCUUCUCAACAACCUGGGAGAUGUUUUCCAUCCUGUUUCUCAUAGUUGGAAUAGGGCAGAUCUCUAAUUAUGUGGCAGCGUUUGUACUUGGUAUGUAACAGUCUUUAAGCAGAGUAUGAAUUCUCAGUAUUACUGCCAACUUUCUCAACGAGCGAUGUUAUGUUUAGGGGCUCUUCCUCCUCCCACAAUACAUUCCUCCCCCUCCCAGUGCAUGCUAAGCCAUUAUAAAGAUUGGGCAAGCUGUACACCAGGGGUCGACAAACUACGGCCCCCGGGCCAGAUCAGGCCCACCUGGGUUCUAAAUCUGGCCCGUGCCGUGAAGCCGAGACUCCCGGUGAUGGCAACAGGAGGAAGAGGUUGACCAGUGGCUGCUCUGCCACUCAAACACUGUGCCUGGUUUACCUCUGCGGCAUUUGAUUGGCAGAGAUGUCCCCAUUCCGCAGCAUUUGAUUGGUAGAGCUGCCACUGCUCAGCCUCUUCCUCCCAUCUUCCUCCCAUCGCUGUCGCCGCCCUGGUGCUCCUGUGGAGAGAGUGGAGCGGACAGGCUUGCUCUGCCUACCCAUGAGAAGCAGAAGUAGCAGCCGUGGCGGCAGCCCCUGGAAUGGUAAGUGCAGCGGCUGGGUCUGAGGCUAGGGGGUGGAGAGGAGGACUACUUGUCCCCCUCGUCUCUUCUUCCAGCUACCCCUCCCAACCGGUGCUGCUACUCCGGCCCGCCACAAGGUCUGAGGGACAGUGGACAAGCCUGCUGCUAAAAAAAAUUGCUGACCCCUGCUGUACACGUUUCCCUUAGCCCCAUACAGCUCGUUCUCUUCACUCUGUGUAAGAGUGUGUAAGACACUCAAGCUCUGAGUUUUAAGUUACCAAACUGAAAUGGCAACAGAGUCUGCAGUGGAAGAUGUUAGGGUGUGCAGACCUUCCAGUCUUCAUAAUAGCCCAACAUACACAUUGAACAGAUAGAGAAGACAGGGUUUUAUUGAACCUAUAGCAGUCUUCCCAUAAGCUAAUUGUGCGUUUUGUCCUGUGGCUUCAGUCUUUCAUACUGUAGAAUUGAAUGGGAUUUAAGCAGCAUAAGGGUCAAAUUAAGUAUUAUGUUAUAAAGGUAUGACUGUAUCCCCAGUGCCUUUUUAUUUUUUAUUGGAAAGAUAUCAAAGAGGCAUACAGACAUCUAUUUCUUUCUAACCGAAUGAAUAUACUAGCCUGCAGUACUGGCAAAGAUUAGAGUGUGAAUUCUUUGCUAACCAUUCAUUUGGUCUUGCAUCCAGUGGCCAUUAGAGAGUUAAUAAAUAUCUUAUGUGAAGGCUAGACUAUCUUUUUGAACUGUAUUUCAAUAUAUUACAUCCUCUUAACCCAGAAUAUUAUGUACUAUCAUAUACAGCAAAUGCUUGAUCAUGAGGAACUCACUCAUCACUAUCAAUCUAAAUACUCUUCUUUAUGCAGGAUCAGGGACAGAAGUAGAGGCAUAUCUUAUAUCCAAGGAAGAUGCACUAGGCUUUUUAAAAUGUUUUCCAAACACAUUUGGGUAAAACAAGAGGGCUUUUUAAAAGUUAAAAGGCUAAUCAACACUCCCUUGUUUUGAACAGGCACAGAAAUACUUGGCAAAUCAGUCCGUAUUAUCUACUGCACAUUAGGCGUUUGCAUAUUUUAUGCGUUUGGCUACAUGCUGCUGCCACUGUGCGCUUACUUCAUCAGAGACUGGCGGAUGCUGCUAGUGGCUCUCACUAUACCUGGCCUGCUGUACGUUCCACUGUGGUGGUGAGUGUAUUUUAAAUAAAAGUGUUCACAUUUUGGAAGCUACACCAAAAACUAGUGCUAGCUAAUGCCUUUACUGGGGGCACCCUCAGUUGAUUUAUUUUUUUUCAAAUUACGUACAUACAUCAUUUUAUUUGUAUACUGUAUGUCCUUUCCAUAGUUCAAACUGUGCUGAGGCAGCUUAGAACAUGAUAAAAUGCACAGUUCCAACAUAACAGAAGUAGUGGAAAAUAAUGAAUAAAACAUAAAAAAUAUACAACCAAACUGAACAAUUUCCACAGAAAUAAUAAGAUCUGAAAUAAAGAUACAAAAAAUUAAUAUCAACAGCAGCAACAAUCUCCCCAGCAAAACUCCCAGCCCAAGUGUCUGUUCAACAGCCUCAGAUUUUGUAGCUGGAGUCAGUCUGGGCCCCAUGCUCCCAGGUAAGGUGGAAAAGGCCUGCAAGACAGGAAGCAGAUCUUUUAGGACUCACAGCCCCCACCCUCUCUCUCUCUCUAUAUAUAUAAUUUUUGUGUUUUCUCAUAUAUAUAUAUACAUUUUUGUUACCAGACAACCUAGGUAACACAUAAUAAGUUACAGUGGGGGCAGGGAGGGGAAAAGGAGAAACAGGAUGCAAUGUGAAACCAAAGAGUUAAAACCAAAGGUUCAUAGUGCCAUACAGUUCAGUCUUUAACUUAUUUUAAUUCACCACAUUUCAGAUCCUAAGAAUUUAUUUUCUAUUGUUUCUCCAAGAACCCUAAGAGUUGUUUUUGGGUGAGACUUGCUGAAAUGUGUUCUUGCCACUCGUAGAAACGACUUCACUAACGUGUAUAAUACACACACACCCUUUUAUGUUGCUAGGUUAUUUAAUGUAUAGUCACAUGUUAGAAUUAGCAGGGUUGUUGCUUCCUGUAACCUCUGCCAAAAGCCCAUUCAUAUGCGUAGAAUAAAUUGCUCCUUUUCAUACAGGCUAAUGCCCCUAAUCUUGCUCUGUUUAUACACUGGCUCUUCAACAUUGUAUUUCUAUGCAAGGAGGACAGAGGAUAGCAUUGAAGUUAAAGUCUUUUUGACCAUGGUGGUUUGGGAUGUAGGCUUAACAACCCUGGCUGUUCUGUUGAAGUUACGUUGAAACAUCACAGGUUCAUUCCAGAAUCGCCUCGAUGGCUGCUGUCCCAAGGCAAGAUUAAAGAAGCAGAAGACAUCAUUCGGAAAGCUGCAGAAAUGAACCAUGUUGCUGCUCCAGAUGUAAUAUUUGACCUCAUUGAGGUAAACCUGCCCAUGUGUUGCAUCUGUUUACAUUUUCUUCCCAGUGUCUGGAUAUGGCAGUGCCCAUUAAAAUGUUCUGCUUGAUGAGAUGAAAUCUAGUUCUCCAGUAAUGAACCUAUCUAUAUACAAUCAUUUUCAACCCAUUUAAUGUUAUAUGAAGAGCAUUUUAUACUGUGGGUUGAAUCCAACUAAGUUCGACUUAAGAGUGGACCCAUUUAAAUUAAUGGACCUCCAUUAAUAAUGUCUUAGUAACUGUCUACUCUGAGUAGGAUUAAUAUUGGAUGCAAUCCUAUAACUUGUGAUUUGGCAACAUCCUGGAUUUGCUUCUCAACUCCUUUAAAAUGCAGCACUCUACUUAUUCUUUAUGUUAGGCUGGCAUAAAUGUUAAAGCUAGGACCUUUUUAGAUCAUCUGUAGAAAAUAGAAUUCUUGGGUGAUCCAGUAUUUUGUACUUUAGUCCUGAGUCAACUCCUGUACAAUUUGCUGGCAGAAGUAGAAUGAACUUUAAACUACAAAGCAACCUGCUUAGAAUGUCAGGAUGUUUUGUACAUUGAUAUAAAUUAGUCACACAUGUACAGUUUUAUGACACUUCCUACUGAACAACCUGUGGUUUGCAGCCUAAAAUCUUGCAAAUCUUCUACUGUUUUGUUCAAAAUCCAUAUAUUAAAUUUGCACACAGUGACUACAGUUAAACUUGCUGGAUACUUUAUUCUGACUACAGUUAAACUUGCUGGAUACUUUAUACUGAUCCCCAGGAAAAAGCCUGAAUUAUGGAAAAAAGCCUUUUCAGUGCAGCCAUGGAAAAUUAAUAUAGUGUCAGUCACAGAAACCAGAAAAUGUAGUUUCACAUUUAUUCUAAACAAAUACCAGAUCACACUACCUACCAGAUCACACAUUUCCAGGAGCUGUCAUUCAAAUUAGCAGUGGCCACUUCUGCACUGAAUCAUCACCCAUAUAAUUUUUUUUUAAAACAACAGCACUUAACAGCAAAAAUUCCUUAUUUACCUUGAACAUGCAACUGACAUUUCCUGCUGCAUGAAAUGCCACUUUAUUUUAGAGAAAGAAAGCAGGUUUUCAUGUGUGCAUCCGUAAUUUUUGUCUAUAGCUACAAGAUGUGAAUUCCCAGGACCAGCGGUCAUACAGCAUUCUGGACCUGGUGAGGACCCAGAAUAUCCGAUCGAUUACUAUCAUGUGUGUGAUUUUAUGGUAAGCAGUUGCUGAACAGACACAAAGCUUUCCUUUCCUUAUGAGACAGCUAAUUCAGAGCAGCUUCCCCCAAGCUAGUGCCCUCCAAAUGUCAUGGGGACUGCAACUCCAAUCAUCCCUGACCACUGGCUAUGCUUCCUGGAGCUGAUGGGAGUUGUGGUCCAAAACAUUUUGAGGAAACUAGGUUGAUUCACAGUAGUUGAGACUGUGGCUGUAAUCACACACCUAUAAGCACCCAGGAGCCACAUUGCAUAACAUUAUUUAUGUAUAAAUGCGUGUGUGUGGCAUUUCACAUAGCAGCAUAUUGAAAUGCCUCUGCUCCAGUCUAAAUCCCAAACUCUUAUCUAUUAUUCCAGCUAGCAUUUGCUUUGAGAAUGUCUAUCAAAGAUUCACUCACCUUGGUUUUUUGUGUGUUUACUGCAGCAGAUAAAUCCUGCUGUUUUGAAGUUGGACGCUACGCUGUCACAACUAGCUUCACAUAGUUUGUCUGCUGCCAUUUUGCUUCCAAUGGCAAGUUUAAAUUCACAUCCACAUUAAAUAUAUAUAUAUAUUCAUGUAUAAAACUAACAUGUCAGGGGGACGUUUAUGGGCUCCACCUCCUUGAUUUGCAUAUUUUGAAUGUAUAGGGAGAUUUGUACAUGAGGGAGUGUUCAGAGACUGUGUUCCCCACCUACAAUCAAAAGUGGUGCAGUCUGGUAGCAUGUGAGGCUUCAGAUCCUGUGUGUGAGGUCUAGGAAUCCCUUUAGUUCAGAUACCUUAAGAGAAGUCAGUGGUGGAACUGGUAUGUGUACCCAUGCUCUUCACAGCACAACGAAAGUACCAUUUGAAACAAGCAAACUGCCAGGAGGUCUAAUUAAUGCAAUUCUUACAAGUGCUGCCUGAUCAGAUUACUACAUAUCCAGACCUCUGUUGGGUGUCCCCUUCUCAUGCCACUUUGAGUGGUGGAGAGGAGAGGAAGGACAUGUUCCCUCCACGCUGAGAUUGAGCCAUUACCCUCACAAGGGGUCUGAGCCCCUGGGAUUAAUACAGUUGGGACUGGACAAGAAUGUGAAUGCCAACAAACGGGGGCAGAUUGCAUUUCUUUCUAAUUGGGAACCCUCGCUAUCAUGUGUAAAUGUAUGUGUGUUUCUUUUUUUUAAAUCUGUUGAUUUUAUCAAUAUUUUGAUAAUUUCAUUAUGUUUUUAAAGCCAGUUUUAUUGUCAUUUUUAAUGAACAUUUGAUACCAUUUUAUGCAAACUGCUCAGAGACUUUUUUAUUUGGCAGUGUAUAAAUCCUGCUAAAUAAAACAAAACAUAAUUUUCAAAGCCUAGUCCAAUGCAGCACUUAUUCUGAGGCCUCUGAAUAUUUAUUACAAUAUAGCUCUGUCUUUCAGGAUGGUCAUUUCCAUUGGCUACUUUGGCCUCUCUCUGGACACCCCUAACCUGCACGGAGACAUCUAUCUCAAUUGCUUCCUUUCGGCAAUCAUCGAAGUCCCAGCUUAUACCAUCUCUUGGUUGCUCCUCCAUUAUCUUCCCCGGCGGUAUUCAAUGGCAGGAGUCUUGUUCUUAGGAGGAUGUGUCCUUCUCUUCAUUCAGUUGGUACCUGCAUGUAAGAAUAUUUUACUUGAUGUGAACUUUUCCCCUACUUUUGUAGAUAUAAGCCACAAGGCCAAGCAGGUUGAACUGUGGGCAUUACAGGUAGAAUACUGAGCGGGUGACUGUACUUGUCCAUUAGUGCACAGUUUAAAAUAGAAGCCUAUUCUGCUUCUGUUCAUUAUAUCUGAAGACCAAUAUAAGACAGAAAGGGAGCUUACAGUGCUGAGAAUAUGCUGUCAGAUUUGGGGGUUUUAUGUUUGAUUCUGUAUUUAAACUGUUUUUACACUUAUUUCUUGUCACUCUCCCAGGGACCAUUAUAACAUGAUGUGGCAUACAAAGUUUGUACAUAAAUAAAUGAGCUCUCUCAUUUGUUCCUAUUAUACCAGCAACUGAACACUACUCUGACAAUAUUUUUAUUUGGGGUGGGGUUGUUCUAUCAGCCACUUCACAUUGUGAUAUCAGCUUUUGAAAAGAACAACAUAUUGGAUAUUCUUUUUGAAGUGCCAUGUGAUUCAUAGCCUAGGUUUUGAUUUUGGCUUUUUGCUGCAACAGACUAACAUGACUAGUCUUUGUGAAUCUAUUUAUUUAUUACAUAUGUGGACCACUUUUUCCUCCAAGGAGCUCAAGGUGGUGUACAUGGUUCUCCAACCCAACCCAACCCAGUUUUGUCUUCACAACAACUCUGUGAGGUAGGUUAGGCUGAGACACAGUGCCUGGCACAAGGUUACCCAGUGAGCUUCUCAACUAAGUGGGGAUUCGAACCCUGGUUUCUCAAAUCGUAGUCUGACACUCUAUCCAUUACAACAGACAGGUUUAAAAGAAGUAGGAUAAAGUGAAUGGCAGAAGGCAGAUAAACUUCAGUGACACAUAGCUUGAUUCUCAUUUGUAGACCUCACUGUGUUCUCCGUUACCCUGGUGAUGAUUGGAAAGUUUGGGAUCACAGCCUCGUUCUCAAUGGUUUAUGUCUACACUGCUGAGCUCUACCCAACGGUUGUGAGGAACAUGGGAGUUGGUGCCAGUUCAAUGGCCUCCAGAUUUGGCAGCAUCCUCUCGCCUUACUUUGUAUAUCUUGGUAAGUUCCCAGCUAUCUUAUUUUCUGCCAGGCAAAGUACCACUACUCUCCCUUUUAGUGCCACAAGCCACUCAGUUCAGUAUUAUUGCAGGGUACAAUGAAUAGUACGGGCAAAGUUAACUGAUCUUCGUGUUGAGAGGCUCCAGGUAAGCUUCCAAGCAACCUUAGAAGUCCUCAGAACACAGUUUGCAAAGAACUGGUCUGUGCAAAACAUCAUGACAAUAACUACUUAUUACUUCCCUUGCCCCCCUGUGCUUCCUACCAGGUGCUUAUGAUAGAUUUCUUCCCUACAUUCUAAUGGGAAGCUUGACAGUGCUAGCAGGAAUUGUCACCCUGUUUCUUCCGGAAAGUUACGGCAUGCCUCUCCCAGAUACCAUUGAACAGAUGCUAAGAGUUAAAGGGUAAGGAGAAACCAUUUCUUCCAUUAUUUAAACAAACAGGGAUUGCAGCCAGUAUCAUCGUGGGUCAUGCUGUAAAAAUGUUGGGAAUCAAAUUAUAGAAGAGAUUAGGACAGUAUAGAAGAGAUUAUAGAAGGGAUUAGAGCAGUAUACAGUGGUACCUCGGGUUAAGUACUUAAUUCAUUCUGGAGGUCCGUUCUUAACCUGAAACUGUUCUUAACCUGAAGCACCACUUUAGCCUCCUGCUGCUGCCGCGCCGCCAGAGCACGAUUUCUGUUCUCAUCCUGAAGCAAAGUUCUUAACCUGAAGCACUAUUUCUGGGUUAGUGGAGUCUGUAAUCUGAAGCGUAUGUAACCUGAAGGUACCACUGUAUACAGAGUAGUCAGUAGUGUUGCUUGGAGAUCUGAAAAAGAUAUUUCAACAAGAAAUAAUGAAAACAAGGAAAACAGAUGGCUCAAUUCCUGAGAAACAGUGGGGUGGUAUGCCAGCUAGAUAAAUAUUAAUUACUUGUCUCUAUUGUAGCUUCUUAGAUACAAACCAAACACUCUAAUUUUUAAAAUAUGCUCAAGCCAACCAAUUUAUUAUGAAGGAGAAGCAGGCGAUUGGAUCCCUUUCUGGGUCAGAGCCCCUCUCCAGUUUCCCAAUGGAAAUUCAUCCCCACCCCUGAUGCUGUUUGCCUCCAGAGAUGCAAUUGGCAGUAGCAGUUUAGGGGGUAAAUAUCACCAUGGCAGGGCGCAGGACAAUUUUCAGAAAGAAGCUGUUGUAAGAAUCUAAUCUGGAUUGGUGCUCCAUAUGAAGUGGCCAGCUGAAGCAUACUUUUUACAAAUUAAAGGUCUGAUUAAUAUACUAUGUUCUUUGGGCAGUGGGGCUAACCAAAGUCAAAGUUUGGUUUUACAUGUAGAUGACAGAUCUGCCUAUUGAAUGAGGCAUUUCCUUGAAUGUAAAUGUGAAAUGUAUUACAGCAUCAUGCAAGCUUUUGCUUUAACAGUUUCCUGUUUUUCUUUCUAUUUAUUUACAGAAUUAAUUACAGAAACACAUCUAAAAGCAAAAAUACAUUAAAAGAUGAAGAAGAAAAUUCAGUGAUUAUAAAAGGCACGACAUUCUGA